CCGAGUCUACCGAGAUUGUGUCUACCGGCGCGGGUAACCCGAAAGCGAGUGUGGCGAGGAUUAAAGUCGCGGGCCGCUCUACGGCAUGCGGGACCGUCUCGCUGCUGUCUGAAGGCCGUACGGGAACGCACGAGGGACGGCGCGUCGUCAACGAUAAGAAAAGUUUCACGGCCGCGGCGGAUCUAGAGAAGGAGGCCGACGACGACGACGACAACGACGGCGACGACGACGACGACGACGACGACGACGACCACGACGACGACGAGAAGAAGAACGUAGAAACGUUGGAGGAAAGAGGAGAAGAGACGGCAGGAACGGCAGCGACAAGAGAACAAAAAGAGGAGAGUGCAUCGUCGUGGUGCGGUAGACGUAGGGAAGAGGAGAGACGGGAGGCCGACGAGACGGGCGCCGCGCGCUCGCACGUUGCCGCGCCGCGCUUCGCUAUAUCGCGCUACACGCGCGUCGUGAUCCGCGUAAUACGCGCGUACGCCCCGCGUGAAACGCGCGCCGCGUGUACGCGACCUAUACAUAUUUAUAUGAAUACACGGUGACCCGCGCGCGGAGAUAAUACAGUGUAAAUGGCGCUCUCGGCGCAGAACCAGUCGACGUCGUACGUGAACUUGUAUUACUCGAUCGUCCAACGCGCGGCAACGCGCUACUUUAAGGAAUACUACAAUUCCGAUACUGGCGCGCCCUACGUAUUGUACAAAGAUAAUAUGGAGAGACCCCAGGGUCAGUGGGGCCCGGGGCCGGGAUCUCUCCAGGAUGGCGGAUUGUACCCGCAACAACAACAACAACAGCAACAGCAGCAACAACAGGGUUCCUCUUCGUCAGGAAGCCCACAGCAGGCCUGUGGUCCUCCUGUCGAGGGUGGUGAAAACGGUCCCCCGCCCUCCUUAGCAUCGCCUGUGCCCUCACCGUAUCCUUCGGCGCCUCCUGAGCCUCAGUCUUUGACACCACCAGACGAUGAUAUACAAUCGAGUCAAGCAACAUCUCAACAACAACAGCAGCAGCAGCAAACGCAGCAGCAGGUUCAGCAGCAGCAACAACAGCAACAGCAGCAGCAGCAGCAACAGCAGCAGGUUCAACAACAACAGCCUCAACAGCAGCAGCAGCAACAACAAACGCAACAAGAUCACUCGCCGCAGCAACAAUUGACUCCUCACGCAGAAGUGGACCGCAACGACUGUUUUCCUGGCGCUGGGGAGCUGCAACAGUAUCCGCAGCACUAUUUUAAAGAGGCCCGGCCGCAUCCUUCGCCGUCCGUACCACCUCAUAUGCUCACUCCUGGCGGUUUUUCUGCGCUGCAUUAUCUGAAACAGCCCGGUGUAAUGCUGACAUCCCUUGGUCAGGGCGAUGGUGGGCCCGGCUUGGACGCGCAUCAGUACGCCAGUCCGAACGCGCCCAACAUGGCAACCGGGCUGCCCGACAUCGUGCAGCAGAGCGGCAAAUCGUCCAAGUCCGGCAACAGCGAUCUGCGCCUGUUCAAGUGUUUGACCUGCGGCAAAGACUUUAAACAGAAGUCGACUCUGCUGCAGCACGAGCGGAUCCACACGGAUAGCCGGCCGUACGGGUGUCCGGAAUGCGGCAAGCGGUUUCGACAACAAUCCCACCUCACGCAGCAUCUACGCAUACACGCUAACGAGAAGCCGUACGCUUGCGUUUACUGCGAGCGUACGUUCCGGCAGCGCGCCAUCCUCAACCAGCAUCUGCGCAUCCACUCGGGUGAGAAGCCAUACCAAUGUCCGGAGUGCGGAAAACACUUCCGUCAGAAGGCGAUCCUGAAUCAGCACGUCCGCACACACCAAGACGUGAGCCCCCACCUCAUCUUCAAGAACGGGAUGACACCGACGCUUUGGCCGCAGGAUGUUCCUUUUCCGCCCGAGGAGGGUAAAGAGGAGGUAGCGUCGACAUUCGGUGACACGGACACGCAGUCGGGCGCGUUCAGUCCGGCGCCGGACGCAAACUCCAUCCAGUACCCCGCUUACUUCAAGGAUCCGAAGGGCGGCAAUCAUACAGUUUUUGGUGCGGGCGGCCCGGGCAGUUUCGGCGCCCUGCAGUACAUCAAGCAGCAGGGCGGCACGAAGAGUUGUCUACCUGAUGUGAUACAGCACGGCCGCUCGGCCGGCAUGCCGCUAUACGUGCGUUGUCCGAUUUGUCAGAAGGAGUUCAAGCAGAAGUCCACGCUGCUGCAGCACGGAUGCAUACACAUCGAAUCGCGACCGUAUCCGUGUCCGGAGUGCGGCAAGAGGUUCCGUCAGCAGUCUCAUCUCACGCAACACUUGCGCAUCCACACGAACGAGAAGCCAUACGGCUGUGUGUACUGCGGGCGCAACUUCCGUCAGCGCACGAUCCUUAAUCAGCAUCUGCGCAUCCACACGGGCGAGAAGCCGUACAAGUGUCAGCAAUGUGGCAAGGACUUCCGUCAGAAGGCGAUUCUGGACCAGCACACGCGCACUCAUCAGGGCGACCGGCCAUUCUGCUGCCCGAUGCCCAAUUGCAGGCGGCGCUUCGCCACCGAGCCCGAGGUGAAGAAGCACAUUGACAACCACAUGAAUCCGCACGCGGCCAAGGUGCGUCGGAAUUCAAACGGUGACGCAAAGCCACCCGGCACGCCCGCGGGCCUGGGCCCGGUUCCCGUGCCCCGCGGUACACUCACGCCCACGGUCGUCAAGCCGGAGCUCUACUUCCCGCAGUGCUACGCGCCCGCGUUCAAUCACCAGCCGCCGGUGUCAACCGCGCAAUUUCCUGGCGCCCAGGCGAACGGCGUGUCCGUGACCGGCGAAUUCAAGCCGCCGACCGGUCUGCCGCCGCAGUGACUAACCGUCCAUCCUGCCGCCUACUAGCAAGCAGGAAUCCCCGCGCUGAGGUUUCAGCGCUGUUUCGGCCCAGCUGCGUUGGAGGCUGACGCGACGUCGAACGCAAUUGUCGCCGCCGCCGCCGCCGCUGCCGCCGCCGCGUCCAACCGAUGCGGCCAGCAGCCGAUCCAGCAACAUUACCCGUGACAUUUAUCACUGUGCAUUUAUUAGAGUUGUUUUUUUUUUUGCCGUUUCACAACUCGCUCGUUCUUCUUGUUCCAUCGCUGCUUAACAGAGCCUCAGAACGCGUCGUCAGCUAGUCCCGGACUCGACGGUGAGAACGGCGGUCGGUUUUUCGUCGCACAAGUCUGUACAUUCAAGAGACAUCGUUUCUCUCGUUUUCGAUUGAUCGUCGGACAAAAUUAUUCAAAUGACAUGACUGUUUUUUCUAUCUGUUUCUAAGUAGCGUUCUUGCUAUAAUGCAGACGGAGAGAUGAACUAACGUUGAAGGACUAUUAAGAUUUUUGCGUUGUUUGGGAAGCAAGGAGAGGAUGUCGAGUUCGCUCUUAUGUAGUCUGUGACGUUCGUAUAUUGAAUGCAACGUAUCCUCUCGCGCGCCGGAUGGUACCGCGGAAAAACGAUAGUUAGGAUCCCGGUUAGGAUCAUUAAUUAUCAUUGCAUUUUUGCUACCGAGUAGCGUAAACGAUGGUGCGCAAUUAUAUUCGCUCAGGUAUCAGUCGCGUCGCUCAAACUCACUAAUAAUUUCUAUGACAUACGUUUUCUCGUUUACGAUGUACAUGAUCGUGAUGCAAUAAUUUGUUAAUUGUUCGCAGUUAUCCGUCACUCUUUAUGAUAACGCGUCGGAUUAAGAUUUGAUAUUUAAAAGAUUUUAUGGUUCGUUAUUGUCAUUGCGCAUACAUGCACGUCAAUGACUUGCGAAUACCGAUUUCCGCUACGAUUUGCAUCACCAAUUUAUCGAUCUCACACGACGGACAAGGCGAGGGCACACGAGGGGAUAGCUCGGAAAAUUGUCCGCCGUUCACCGUCGAGUUAAUUCAUUAGCCAGACCAAGGUAAAGCAACCAACGAAGGAUCUCGUCUAUUUCUCCGUACGUAUUUUUUUAUGAUUAAUCGAUCACGACACAUACCUUCUCGCAUUUCUUUCGUGGACAAGAGAAUAGCACGAGAGAAUUCGGGGCUCUUAUCCUCCCCGCGAGACACGUAGGCGAUCUCGAAGAGAUUGACAAGAGUGUUCCCGCGAAUCCGUCUGUCUUCGCAUCUCGCGGGACGAUGGUGCACGCGUCGCCCGGGGCGCCGCCGUUCACCGUUCAAAACGCCACAACGGUAUCGCCAAACGGGUUGAAGAUGUUCGAUUUCGACCAGACUAAAAUGAUUGUGAUACAAUAUUUAACUUGCCUAUGUUUUAAAAUGUUUCGCAAAAGAGAGAGUGAGAGAGAAAAAGGAGAGAUAGGUAGAAAGAAAGCGAGAAAGAGAGGUAUGUUGCGCUUCUCAAGGGAAGCGCUUACACGACCACGUGAAGAAUGCCUGUAAAUAUGUAAAGCCGUUCACUCCAAACAAAGAAGAAGAGAAGGAAGAAGAGGAGGAAGAGAAGGGGGAAGAAGAACGAAGGGAAAAACACACGACGGAGAAAGGUGAAGUAUGCGAGUGUGUGCGAAUGUGGUUGAGUGCGAAUGAAGCGGAAAAAGGAAUACUGAAUGAGAGGGUGGGAGAAAGAAGAUGUAGGGAGUUGGGAUGGGAAGGGGAUGAUAUGACAAGCGGAAAGGAGAAAGACGCGAAAGAUUAUAGCUAGAAUUUACGAGGACGACGUAUCCUCCCACUGUGCUGAGCCAUAGCUUUCGGGUAGAUCGGGUCAACAAUCGACGAGACGAUAUACCGCGAUGUGCUGGCGCGAAGGGGAUGGAGGGGCGGAGGGAGGUGCGCGCGACUCUUGUAUACUAUAGUAAUAUUUGAAUGUAUAUUUAUACGACAGGUUACAUUAUAUUCUAACUAUAUAUAUGACGAUAUUUUGAAUCGGUUUUAAAAAAUCAGAUUGGUGCUGAUAUAAACAAAAAAAAACUAGGUAAGCGAGUACACGAGACAAAAAAAAAAAUAGAAAAAGAAAGAGGAGGGAACGUGGAAGAAGGCUGAGACACACCGUAGAGUUUAGCGUUUAAGUAGCGUAGACGAUAGCGCAUAGCUCAAGGUAAAGAAAAGACUUUGAAGGACUGUACACGGGUCCGCUCACAUCUCGGAGAAUUAUCAUCAUCAUUCUUAAGAAAGAGGAAGAGGAGGAGGAGGAGGAGGAGGAGGGUAGAAAAAGAAAACACUUCGUGGCAAUACUUAAGUGAAAAGCAAAAAAGAUGAAUAGAAUGGGUGGGGGGGGGGAGAAAAGCGGAAGGUUUCAACGUACUAGGGAAUAAUCUUUUAAAAUUUCUAUAUUAAGACGUGUGAUCUCUCUAAUUAUUGUACAUUACAUUAAUGAGUCUAAACCUAGAGACGACAAGAUGCAUUAGCAUAAUUACGAUUACGUAUUAGGUGUUCUACAGUUAGUCUUUUGUCAUUUUAGAGACACAGAGAUCUGAAGAUGAUAAUUGUGCGGCCAUAUUCUCUGUGGCCUGUUCGUAGUGCCUCGGAAUUGCUGCUCGCGGCAGUGAUUUGACCGUAUUUUAGGAAGGUAAUAUUAUAUUAUAUUGAGGAACCGCAAUUUUAUCGAUACACUCUUCAAUAUACAAUAUUGAGAAGGGAAAAAGGGGGAAAAAAUCGCGCGUCACGUGAGGCGUCACGUUAAUAAACGACUCUCAUUAAAUUAUUAUAACGAAAGAAGAUCUACUUAUACACAUCGCGUCGCGGAAUGAAAUCACGAUGCCAACGACGAUAUAAUCGUGGUGGUUGUCCAUUGUUGUUUUUUUUUUUUUUUUGUUAUUCCUUAUAUUAUUAUUUUACUUUCUUUCUCUCGUGCAUUAUGUAAUGCGAAGCUAUGAUAAAAGAAAAAAAGAAAGACGAUCAAUGUAAAAAUAUCGAAGGCCAGGAAUGGCGGGAUCUUUUCUGAUGGCCGUUCGUAAUAUUUACGAGUAUUAUUAUCGACGUUAAAAUUACAUUUACCCAUGUGCCCUUUCUCUAGGAUAUCUUCAUCAUUGUGGAUAAAUAAAAUAAAAAGGCGCAAACAAGGCUCGUUAAACAUUAACGCUCUUCUAAGUUAAGCCGAAACACAUCGAUUUCCGUAUGCCUUCGUAUAUAUAUAUGUCUGCACGAGAAUCUAAACACUUAAUAUCAUUGUGCUCCGCAAAUAGAAAUUAUUCUGCAAUACUUUUGAAAGCUAAACGAUCGAGCCCAGUGAACGA